UGGUCGCAAGGUGACGCCACCGUAUAUGUGGCACGAAAAUUGACAUUUCCUCGUUUGUGUGUGCCUUCUUGCGGGCGGUUUAUGCCUGUGCAAUGAGGAAAGGGCAUAUGAGUGCUUGUUUCGCGUCGUUCACUUGCAUGCUGCUGUGGUUUCGGUGCUAGCCAGAAUGGAACACGUAACCAAGAUUAAUGACGGACUGUACAUGACAACCACCAAAGCGCCGGUAAACAUCGCUGUAAUCAAAUACUGGGGCAAAACCAACGAAAACCUUAUAAUUCCUGCGAACGACUCUCUCAGCCUAACUUUGAGCACUGAACACCUGUGUGCAACAACCACAGUAGCAAUUGGAAAAAAAUUCAGCGAGGAUAGAAUAUGGCUUAAUGGAAAAGAGGAAUCUGUACAUUCACCAAGACUACAGAAUUGUCUACAUGAAAUCCGCAAGAAAAGCCAGUACAUCCAUGCACAAGACUUUCCUGACUGGGCAGAUUGGAAGAUUCACAUGUGCUCUGUAAACAAUUUUCCAACAUCUGCAGGGCUGGCAUCAUCUGCUGCUGGCUAUGCGUGCUUAGUGCGGUCGUUAGGAACACUCUUUCAUAUUGAAGGGGACCUCUCUGGGAUUGCACGGCGAGGUUCAGGGAGUGCCUGCAGAAGCAUGUAUGGUGGCUUUGUGGCUUGGGUGAAAGGGACUAACCCUGAUGGCUCAGAUUCUUUGGCAAGGCAAAUUGCUUCUAGUGACCAUUGGCCACAAAUGCGGGUCAUCAUUCUUGUGGCAAGUGAUGCUAAGAAAGACACAUCAAGUAGUCAUGGGAUGGCAAGAACAAUGGAAACAAGCUCCUUGAUACUGCAAAGAGUCAGCAACGUUGUGCCGCAACGCAUGAAAGAUAUGACAGAUGCUAUCCAUAAACGAGACUUCAACAAGUUUGCUGAAAUCACGAUGAAGGAAAGUAACCAGCUGCAUGCGGUCUGCCUGGACAGUUAUCCACCUAUCCGUUAUAUGACCUCUGCAUCAUGGGAUGUUGUCAACCUUGUUCAUCGUUACAACCAAUUCUAUGGCGCUAACAAGCUGGCAUACUCUUUUGAUGCUGGUCCAAAUGCCUGCCUUUUUCUGUUGGAAGAAUCACUCCCUGAGGUGCUUGCCCUUGUUGAAUACGCUUUUCCAACAAGUAGGAAAGAAGUGGAUUUUUUCCGGGGCAGACCAGCAGUUAUUGGAAAGAUGUCACAGGAGCUUGUGGAGUACAUGGCCAUCAAUCCACAACGGGAUGCCAUCAAGUUUGCUAUUAUCACACAUGUUGGCCAUGGACCAGAGCCAUUGGAUGAUCCUGAGGCACACCUCCUGGACAUUCAUGGUUAUCCGAAGUGAGCACGCCACAAUGACUCGUGCAUGGAGGCACCUCAACAAAAACAAAUUUUGCUUUUGUGUUGAUAUUAUUUUUGAGAAGAAUGAGCCUUUUUGAGGACGUAGCUUGACAUCACUUAACAAUCUAAUAUAAUGAUCAAGGUUCAAGCUAAAUGCUUUUGCAAUUUAAUACUUUUUGUGAUGCAGUGCUAAAGCUUGCAGUGCUCUUAAACUUAUCAAGCUACUGACAUGUACACUCUUCACUUAGUUUUAGAGUAUCAGGUGAAUGUGUACACCCUCAGUGCAUCUUGGCAGCAUGACAAAGCCACUGGCUUGUGUAUAUGUGUCAUUGAUACAGCAGGUCACUGAAAUGUCAAAAAACAAAAUUUGACGUUUUAGGAUCUGGCAUUCUUGGGCGAACACUUUGGGGGGAAUUUCACUUUCACGAGAUUUCACAGGAUUAACGCUGUUCGCAUCAGCUUCUUUGAGUGAAAAUGUUCCUGGCAUGCUGUCUCAGCACUGUUGGUGCAGUGCCAGACUGACGUGGCCCCUAGUCACCGAGCGAGUCCGGUGCUAGAUGCGAGAAGUCCUGCAAAAGUGAAUGUAUCUCCAGAAGUGAUUGCCCGAGAAUACCACCCCAAAUCACUUGUUCACAAGCUAACCAAUGUCAUGUCACUGGCAGCCUGUUGUAUUGAUGAUGCUUUUACCUGACUGGACAAUGUUCUGUCAAAAUCUUAAUUACUACACAUGUCUUUGUGUCUAAAAAGGCUAUAUUUACUCAUUGUUAUGCAAGCACUGGAGCACUGUCAAAUUUAUCGUUUGUUGUCUGCUUCAUUCAUAUUGCCUAUGCUGCACCAUAUAUGUUAUAAAAUCUGACUAAUAAAUUUGUGCUUGAAGUACAAAUAAUGAAGCAGCACCAGCAGUUUAUCUGGCAAGUCAUUAUGCAGUGAUUACUAUGGCACUACCUGGGUCAGUAGAGAUCCAAUACUGUGAAGGUAUACUAUGUGCAGUAUUCAUGGUGACUAGGUGAACUGUCAAGUUUUACUAAUAAAUGGCAGAAUCGAAAGGUAGGGUAUCAAAGUUUGUUCUUUUUUUCUAGUUAGGCAAAUUAGGUUCAGUUCCAGUUGAAAUUCAGGUUAAAGAAAGUCUGUUUGUAAUGGUACAUAUUAGUUUGCAGAACACAGGAAGUAUCACAGAAAAACAUCAAACUUUUUGUCUUUCAUUUCUAGGGCGCAAUCUAAGAUCGUUGUUUGGGAUGUGCAUUCAGUUUGACCUCAUGCAAUUUGCCUGGGCUGCACUGUCGUCAGCCACAGGUCAUGGCCACAUAUUUCGUGGCGUUGAAAUGGCACACUUAUGCCAGUAAUUUUGAAACUGUACAUGUCGUCUGCUAGGAGCAGGACACGAUGAGAGGCAAUCCAUUUGUGUGAUCACAUGCUCACUACAAGAUCACCUUCACAUGUGCUGUGCAUAACACCACCUAAUGACCUUGUAGAGAAACUGAUAGUAAUAAAUUGUAAUAGGCAUACAUAUUACUGUGAGAAUGUGGUUGCGAAGAAAAAUAAUGUUUUUUUACUUAAAUAUUUCACUAAUUGGAAGGCAAAAAAACGUUUCAGUUUUUGGUGCAUUGUCCCAAAACAGAUGACAUAUGAUGCACGUCAAAAUUCCAAGGAGUUCACCGUGUGCCGAUUAACUGCUCUCUAUCUCGUCCAAAGUUUGUGGACCACCCACUUUGUGGCAUAGUAGUUACUGAACACAUUUUCUUCCAAAGAAAGAUCUCCGAUCGCACCCCCGUGCACCAUAAAGGGCAAAUAUUUCUGCGUUAAAAGAUUACAGUAUAUUCAUCUGUUAUUUUUUAGAUGCGAAGCACCUUUUGCGCUGGGCUGUGUCCGUAGUUCCAUUGGCGACCGUCUACUUUCUACCACCUAGCAUAGCCAUCUGAGCGCGCGCUCGCGCCAAGGAGAAGUCUUCUUUUUCUUGUUCUUCAACCGCCUUGAUGAUGAUACGUGCAGAGCACUUUAGGGGCCCGGGCUGCCUUAUGCUGUCCUAGCUUGGCGUAACGCAGACAAAACCAUGUGUGCUGGCACGCGCUAGCGCGUACGGGCCUGUGUAAGGGGCUGGGUAAGAUUUGCAAGGAUACGUUAACAUCGGGCAAGGUGCCAGUGAUGAACGGACCUUUAAGUCGACCUAUGCGCUGCUUCGCAUCCCCACAUGGUUCCCUUUAGUGGGAGAUGGUGUAAUUUUUUUAAAUUCCUGGUGGACCAACAACCUGAACUCGGUAAAAUGGAUGGAUGCAUUCUGCAUUAUCUGUGCCCUAGUCGGCUAAUGUACAAAACCAAAAACUGAACGGCUUUGAUGUUAGCGUAAAAUGACACACGGACACGAGAAGGCACAUGACAUGACACCACAUGUGCCAGGUGCCAUGAGGACACCACGUAGCACAUGUACCUUCUCGUGUCCAUCUGUCGUCUCAUGCUAUAUCAAAGCUGCCCAUUAAUUCACCAAUAAACCCACAUUGCAACCCUUGUCGAAAACCAACAAGCUGAAACUUAGUCUUGUGAAAAUCAUUGCUGGUGCUUGGCAUUUUGUGGGCAUUUAAGUUAACUUGUGAACUGUAGGGUAAAAAUGACUCAUGCUGAUUUCGAAAAUAAUUGUACAUAGUUUGCUUAAGGUCACUAGAUGCAGUUUCGGAGGUUCACAAUUUGCAUGUGUAUUGCAAAUAUUUCACUUUACAUAUCACUGCAAAUUUAAAACUGACCGCCUGGAAGUAGUGAAUCUUCAUUUCAUCCACAAUAUAACUUCACUGUCAAAAAUUUGGUUGUAGUUGUCAGCUUCAAUUGCUGACAAGUGCAUUUGAUGCAGAUGUGCCUCCCGAUGGAUAGAAAGCUCGAGAAAAUGGAGUGAAUUUGAACUGAAAAUUGUCAUUUCUUUUCUUUUUGUUUUGUUCCAGAGCAAAAAAAAAUAAACUGUGUUCUGGUUA